AUGGCCGAGAAGAACGUUGUGGUGAUCGGGGCCGGUGUCGCAGGUCUUACAACUGCACUUCUGCUGUCGAAGAUUCCUGGUUACAGAAUCGUUGUGGCCGCCAAACACAUGCCAGGUGACUAUGACAUCGAAUACGCCUCUCCAUGGGCAGGGGCCAACUACAUGCCUGUCUCUUUGCGUGGCACUGAUGCUGCAGAGUGGGAUAGAAAAACGUGGGAGGUAUUCAAUAAACUCGCACUCAAUUGCCCAGAAUCAGGAAUUCAUUUUCAAGAUUGCGAAAUAAGGAAUCGGUCUAAGGAUGUUGGCUCUGCCACGGCGGACUGGUUCUCUGAAUUGCUUUCAUCAUCACCAUGGUUCAAAGAUGUCGUUCCAAAUUUUCGCACUCUCUCGAAAGAAGAACUUGGCCCAGGAAUUGAUUCGGCAAUCAACUUUACUUCAGUCUGUAUAAAUACAGCCAUUUACCUCCCAUGGCUUGUUUCAAAAUGCCUUGAAAACAAGGUUAUUUUCAAAAGAGCCGUCUUUCGGCACAUCUCGGAGGCUUCUUCCCUCAAUAUUCACCCAGCAGGUAGUGUUGACCUUGUGAUUAAUUGCACGGGUCUAAUGGCUUCCAAGCUUGGCGGGGUAGAAGAUAAAUCUGUGGUCGCAGCUCGUGGACAAAUUGUGGUUGUUCGCAACGAAGUGGGGAAAAUGGUUAACCUUUCCGGAACGGAUGACGGGGACGAGGAGGCAUGCUAUAUCAUGGCCAGAGCUGCUGGCGGGGGUACAGUCAUCGGUGGAUCGUACCAGAAGGGUAAUUGGGAGUCUCAACCAGAUCCCAAUCUCGCAGUACGGAUCAUGAAGCGUGCCGUCCAAGCUUGUCCGGAGUUAACAGGAGGCAAGGGGAUUGAGGCUCUUGAUGUGGUUCGAUAUGGCGUCGGAUUGAGGCCAGUUCGAGAAGGAGGCACGCGAAUAGAAAAGGAGAAAGUGGGUGAUCUAUGGGUUGUACACAAUUAUGGCGCUGGGGGUGCAGGAUAUCAAUCAUCAUAUGGAUGUGCCGAGGCUGCGGUGAGGCUUUUCUGGAAAUUCCCACAUUCCUCGGCAGCGCCUUUCAUCCGGCCAUGUCGACUGACCGCGCCCGUUCCUAAGAGAUCCAAUCCCUACUGGCUGCAGCCCUGCGCCUAUCCGCGCAGCCCACCAAUAUGCUGUCGCGCACGAGCUCCCGAUCAUCGGCGGGCUCGUCCAGUUCCCCCCCCAUUGUCGCGACGGGACACUCAGGCAACUACCAAGGAGAAACAGACCCUGGGUGGCUGGCUCAAGAAAAUAUGGCAGAAGACCGGCCUUGACAAACCGACCAUCCUAUUGAUGCUGAAAGGUGGAAUAGCGCCAACAAUCGCGGUUUCUAUUUACCAGUCCAGCGAUGUCGCGACCGAGUAUACUACGCUGGGCUACCUCGUCGCAAUCGUCUCCAUUUUGGGAUUCUCGAUCAUGCCACGCGCCAAGUUCAUUCAGAUGAUGAUCCUGGAUGUCCUAGCUGUCUGCAUUGCAGCCUGCUUCGCGCUAUUGACGAUGUAUUCCAGUGUCAAAGCCCGCCAACACACGGCCAGCGCUCCUGACUCCUAUAACUCGUCUGCAUCUGCCGUCAGUGGUGUCUGGUUGUUCUUCCAGAUUUGGUUGGUUCACACCUUUCGUGCCAAGUACCCCCAGUUCCAAUUCCCUGUUAUCAUAUACGCCAUCUUCGCCAAUAUUUCUUCGGUCUAUGCGCCUGAGAUGGCUUCAAUGACUGCCGCUAUCGCCCUGGUCGAACGGCUUCUGCGAACAUUCCUUACGGGCCUCGCCAUCUCUAUGGCCGUUUCGCUGCUAAUUUUGCCCAUGACCUCUCGCCAAGCUGUCUUCAAACAGAUGGGGGCCUAUAUCGGGACUCUUCGUUCUGCAUUGGGAGCCCAUGCCACCUAUUUUGAGACUUUAGAAAAAGACGACAUGUUUGGCCGAGCGGAGACAUACGAUGACACGCAAGAGAAGAUUGACGACAAGGGAAAGGUGUAUAGUCCGGAGGCCGAGGCCAUCCGCGGUGCCAUCCGACAGAUCACCGACGUUCAUGCUAAACUUCACGGAGAUCUGUCUUUCGCGAAGCGUGAAAUUGCCCUAGGAAAAUUAGGCCCUGAUGAUAUUCAGCUGAUCUUUCGCCACCUGCGCCAGAUUAUGAUUCCUGUUGUUGGCCUUAGCUUUGUCGUGGACAUCUUCCAGAGACUAUCGGAUUAUAAUCGGUGGAAUAUACCCAUCGAACCGAAUGCGGAGCCAAUUCCUGAGGAUGUUCGCGAGCGCGUGGUUCAUGAUUGGAACGAUAUCAUGAGGGCGGUCCACGAUCCCUUCAAGACGAUGAUCCAAACGAUUGAUGAGGCACUGCUACACGCUUCUUAUGUUUUUCAAUUCUCAAAGCCGCCCAAGCAAAAGGCAGUUGCGGCUCCGUCGACGAAUGAGUCAAAUACAGAAGCGAAGGAUGUGGAAGCGGACGCAGAGAACACAUCACCUGGCGAACCGGGAUUCGCGCAACAUUUUCAAACGAAACUCAACGAGUUCCGAAGUGCUAAGCGAAUUGCCUUGGAGACCUGGGCUGAAGAUAAAGGCAUCAACCUGCCUCCUGACUUUUUUGAUCACCCAUCAUCAGUUGAAAGUUUGAAGGGUGACUUUUUUGACGCAUCAGCAUCGCACCAAGACCGAAGUCGGCGACAGCUUUAUCUGUUUUUAUACAUGGAGCAAUUGCUUUACUCGACCGGUAAAACAGUUCUCGAAUUUGUCGAGUAUGCCGACGAAGUGGCUGCUAAAGGAAAGCUAUCGCGGACUCGGCUGAUUAUACCGGGAGCUAAACGCUCAUUGAAAUGGGCAAAGAGCUUUUUAAAAGCUGAAGAUAACCACGAACAUGACAAUCUGGGGGAUGUUCAUACUCACAAUAGUAUGCUGGAACUCGGUGAAGCGUAUAGGCAUCGCAAAGAUCCUGAGCAUUUGCCAGCCGAUACCUUGUUCGAGAAAUUCGGGGACAAAAUUCGAGUUUUCCCCUGGUUCUUGCGUUCUUUUGAAUCCAAGUAUGGCUUCAGGGUCGCGUGUGCCACGAUGACCAUCGCAAUUGUUGCGUUUCUACAUGAUACGCAGACCUUUUUCACGCAGCAAAGACUGGUUUGGGCCAUGAUCAUGGUGAAUCUGAGCAUGUCUCCCACUUCAGGCCAGAGUAUCUUCAGCUUUAUUCUCCGUAUCGCGGGAACCACAAUCGCAAUGGUCGCUAGUCUGCUGAUCUGGUAUAUUCCAGACCAAAAGACACCAGGUGUUAUUGUGCUACUUUUCAUUUUCAUCUCGUGCGCUUUCUACGUUCCGAUCAAAAUGUUCCGAUUCCGCGUCAUUGGUAUCAUCAGUAUCGUAACCACUACCAUGAUAAUUGGUUACGAGCUUCAGGUUCGCAAGGUUGGCGAACAAGUCGCGACAUCUAAUGGCCAGCCAUUCUAUCCUAUUUAUCUGCUCGCCCCCUAUCGACUGGCUACCGUCAGUGGAGGUAUCGCAGUUGCGUUCCUGUGGACUUUCUUCCCUUACCCCAUCUCAGAACACUCGGUUUUGAGGCAGAGCCUGGGGGCAUCUCUAUAUCUCCUCGCGAAUUAUUACUCCAUUAUCCAUGAGACACUGUCAGCUCGGAUGCGUGGAGACGAGGGGGACCUCAACUUGAAAACCUCCGCAGGCCGCAAAUUGGAAAAGGCGCGGCACAAGGUUUUCUCAAAGCAGAUGCUCAUGUUGAACGGACUCCGAACUUACUCCGAGUUUCUCCGGUGGGAGGUGCCCAUCGGUGGCAGGUUUCCGAAGAAACAAUAUGACUCCAUCAUUGUCUGCGUUGAAAAUAUUGUAAGCUAUCUCAGCUUACUCGGCUACGCCUCCGACACCCUUAUGCGCCUCAAUGAAGAUGACGACGAAUCAAACUCUAUCUGGAUGCAUGAUUUUCGCCGUGUCGUUGGUCACGCUAAGAUUACAACUCACGAGGUCACAUCGUUACUUUGCCUCCUUUCAGCUAGUAUCACAAAUCGCCAGCCGCUUCCUCCAUACCUGAAAGCGCCCAGGCCAUACAGUUUCUCGAAACGGCUGGAGGCGCUGGACAAAGAUAUUCUCAGCAUCAAGCAUAUUGCUGAGCCAGGUUUCGCUGCAUUUGCAGUAUUGCAAAUUUCCACAAGAUGUAUUGUUGGAGAUGUGGAACGUCUCAUGAAACAUGUUAAAGGCUUGGUGGGCGAGCUGGAUUUUUCAUUCCAUGCUGUGAGCACGAUGGACUCCAGGAUCGCGGAGUCUAGAAUGACGUCGCGGGCUCCUUCAAGAGCUACGUCGCCAGCGAGAAAUGCCUCAAAGCUGAGUUUGCAUGAGACCCAGGCAGCGGAUCGUCGGAAGUUGGACUGA